AUGCUGUCUUGCAGCAUAAUUGAAUCUGUCGCCGUUAUUCGGGCCGAGCUGUCACUCACGGUCCAUCCUCCUCAGCUGAAGCCCGUCCUCUCCCUACCCUUCACCGGCGAGACUAAAAGCGGACUAACCGCACACAACUCCACCGCCGUUUUUUCCAAAAGGCGCAAGAUGAAGAUGGCUGGAGGCUGGACGUGGCGCCUGCUGCUCCUGUCCUCUCUGGCCGUGGCCGCAGUGGCGGCCCUCGAGAAGCAGACGGAGUUCGGCGGCGCCGCAGAAGUGGACGAGGACCUGGGCCUGGACGAGGAGGAGCUGAGGGCCCUGAUGGCGGAAGAGGAGCAGGAGGAAGAGGAGGAGGAGGAGGAGGCCACGGUGAUGGACGACGAGCAGGUCGAGGAGCCGGCCGGAAGCGGAGCGGAGUCCGACGUCUCCUUUCAGGUGACCUACAAAACUCCCGUUCCCACUGGAGACGUUUACUUCGCCGAAACGUUUGACGACGGCUCGCUGGACAGAUGGCAGCUGUCGAAGACCAAGAAGGAGGACGCCGACGAGGACAUCGCCAAAUACGACGGGAGGUGGGCGGUGGAGACACUGAAGGAGAACAGAGUCCCCGGAGACCAGGGCCUGGUGCUGAAGUCCCGGGCCAAACACCACGCCAUCGCCGCCAUGCUGGACAAACCCUUCGUGUUCCAGGACGAGCCGCUGGUCCUCCAGUAUGAGGUGAAUUUUCAGGAUGGAAUCGACUGCGGGGGGGCUUACCUCAAACUGCUGUCCGACUCCGAGGGUCUGAACCUGGAGCAGUUCCACGACCACACGCCGUACACCAUCAUGUUCGGGCCCGACAAAUGCGGCGAGGACUACAAGCUGCACUUCAUCUUCCGCCACCGGAACCCCCUGAACAAAGACGUGGAGGAGAAGCACGCCAAGCGGGCCGACGUCGACCUCAAGAAGUUCUACAGCGACAAAAAGACCCACCUGUAUACGCUGGGUGGGUCCCCACCGCCGGGCGCCUCUGGGGGGCGCUGUUGGGCCUCUAUUGGGGCGCUGUGGAGCCUAUGGGGGGCGCUGUGGAGCCUCUAUUGGGGCACUGUGGAGCCCUUAUUGGGGGUGCUGUGGAGCCCCUAUGGGGGUGCUGUGGAGCCCUUAUUGGGGGGGCUGUGGAACCCUUAUUGGGGGUGCUUCCUGAACCCAGACAACAGCUACGAGAUGCUGAUCGACCAGGCCAGCGUGAGCCGCGGCAGCCUGCUGAGCGACGUGGUGCCUCCCGUCAACCCCCCCAAGGAGAUCGACGACCCCCACGACUCCAAACCGGACGACUGGGACGAGCGGGCCAAGAUCCCCGACCCCGAGGCGGCCAAGCCCGAGGACUGGGAUGAGGAAGCACCUGCAAAGAUUGAAGACCCCGACGCUCUGAAACCAGAAGGCUGGCUGGACGAUGAGCCGGAGUUUGUCCCCGACCCCAACGCGGAGAAACCGGAGGACUGGGACGAGGAGAUGGACGGGGAGUGGGAGGCCCCGCAGGUUCCCAACCCGGCCUGCGAGACGGCCCCCGGCUGCGGAGUGUGGAAGCGGCCCACGAUCAACAACCCUCUGUACAAAGGCAAAUGGAAAGCCCCGCUGGUGGACAACCCCAACUACCAGGUAACAGCUCAGGCUCACCGGGAGGUGGGACAGGAGGUGGGUCAGGAGGGAGUCUGGAAGCCGCGUAAGAUCCAGAACCCGGACUACUUCGAGGACCUGCAGCCGUUCCGGAUGGCGGCGGUCCGGGCUCUGGGCCUGGAGCUGUGGUCCAUGACCUCGGACAUCUACUUCGACAACUUCAUCCUCACCUCCCACAAGGAGGUGGCCGACCGCUGGGCCUCCGACAGCUGGGGGCUGAAGAAGCUGGUGGCCAGCGCCAACGAGCCGGGGAUCGUGGCGCAGCUGCUGAUGGCGGCGGAGGAGCGGCCCUGGCUGUGGGUGAUAUACGUCCUGACGGCGGGGCUGCCCGUGGGGCUGGCCGUGAUCUUCUGCUGGCCCAAGAAAGCAGACGAGGAGUACGCGUACAAAAAGGCCGACCUCUCCCGGGCCGACAUAGAGGAGGAGGAGGAGGAGGAGGCGGCAGAAGAGGAAGAAGAAGAAGAAGACAGAGCGGCCGAGGAGGCAGAGCCGGCAGCUCCAGAAACCGAGGCGGGUGAGAUGGAGGACGGAGGUCCGGGAGGGGACAACCUAGAGCUGGACGAGGACGAAGAAGAAGAAGAAGAAGAGGAGGAUGAGGAGGAGGAAGAGGAAGAAGAGGGAGGAGAGGAGGAAAGCAAAGAGCCAGAGAGAACAUUUGGAGAUAAGAAGGACGCCGGAGACGACGCCGAGGAGAGGAGCAAACAGGCCGUGAGGAAGAGGAGGGUACGGAAAGACUGA